GAAUUCCCUCGCCGACGGUGCCACACAAAACCCCAUUUCUUCAUUCUUCCAACUGCUCUGUGUUUUUUUCCUUUCUUUCUGCAUGUCUUUCGUUCAAUCUCUCCUACGACACCCACCCUUAGUCUUCUCUUGCUCUCUCUCGCAUCGAUUGAUCCCCCCCUCUCUUUGCUACUGCUGGUCUGCUUGUCCCACUAAUCAGCUCGCUAUUCUAACCUCCAGGGUUUGUAAUUCGUCGUCGCCGUGAUGCCGCACUGGUGGACACCCUGCAUUGAAGCUUACCCUAUCAGGAUGCCUGAUCGGAACCCUGCGAAGGUGAAGUCUAUAGGUAAUUCUGCAGAUCCGGAAUUUCCUAAAGCCAUACCAUUGAGGGAGGUUGUGGCAAAUUGUGAACAUCGGUGGUUUGAGCAAACGCUGAAGGCAGCAAAAAGUGGGGAUAUCUCUAGUCAAUGUCUGGUCGGUCAGAUGUUCUGUUCUGGUUACGGUGUGCCCGUUAAUGUUAAAAAGGGUAAAUAUUGGCUUCAAAAGGCUGCAGAACUAGACAUGGAAGCACGAAGCCUGCUAGCCUCUCUAUCAGUGGGCAGAUCGGUUGAGUCUUAUAUGGAAGAACCGGAAGCACGACAGUCUGGCACCACGGUUGCAUCUACCAUGCAACUUUCCUCUUGUAAUUCCUAAGUAGCAAUACUCUCCUGGCUUGGAAAAUUCUGGGUGAAUGAUCUGUUUUGAUGUUGAUGCUACGAGAUUUCUGUCACUUGCCACCCACAGGUCCGGAGUAUAAACAGGACAAUGCUAGUGUGUCCUCAAAGCAAUCUUAAUGUGAAGUUUUUGAGACUCCUCUAUGAGACAGUCGUUGUAGUGCUACAAAGAGACAUUUUAUAUUGUCCGUAGCAACUUCACAGCUGGAGUUUGGCCAACCAGCAUCUUGGACGAAGGUUUUGUGCAGCAAGCCGAAAGCAGGUUCAAGUUGAACUGAUUUGUUUCGAAUGUCCUCAAGGACACGGAGCUAGGUUUUGAAUUUGUGAUCCGGCCAAGCUUAGUAUGCCUUCGUACGGAGUCUUCAUUGCAAUUGUCUUGAUUAGUUUCCGGCCUGUGUUGAGUCCAGUUGCUUUGCAAUCUUUGUUACGGUAUAUCGGUGUUGGGCCUAGUUGUCGAUGAUAAUUCUCAUCGACAGGGGCAUGUGUAAACUUUAGCUUGUUAGAGUCACCGAGACUAUUUUCAAAGUAUAUCAUAGAACUCUUGGCUUGGAAUUGUGAGGGAAUUCCAUCUAUGUGCUCUUAUCGCACUUUGUAUAUUCUAUAUAGCUCAGGUAAUCGAACAACAAGGUAGUUCUUGCAGUUAUCAGUACCAGUGGGUGGAACAUCUAGUUUCCUCGUUGUGAAUAAAAAAUGCGACUUCUGAAAGGUUUUGAAACCGCACUUAA